GGCUCUGCCCAUCCUGCAACUCCCGCUCGGCCUCACUGCUGCUCCCGCCUCCAACUCUGACAACCGCUCAGCCCCGAUGGCCGCUCCGCGCUCCCUGUGGAUGGCGCUGGUCCUGCUGGGGGCCCUGGGGGUCCUGCCGGCCCCUGCUCUGGCCGGCUUCCAGCAGGACCAGUUCCUGGGGCGCUGGUUCUCCGUGGGCCUGGCCUCCAACACCAACUGGUUCCGGGAGAAGAAGGAGAUCCUGUCCAUGUGUCUGUCCCUGGUGGCCCCAGCCACGCCCGAGCACGGGGACGGUGUCCUCAACCUCACCACCGGCUUCCUCAGGUGGUGGGGCGGGGGGGGUGGGCAUUGGGGCUGAGGGCUCCCCCAGGGC